UUUAACUAAUUUCUUUAUAAUAUUGAAUCAAAAUGAAAUCUUUAUAAAACAUUAUACAAAGAAUGCCUUUCACUUCAUUCUUAUUAGUAGUCAAUUAGCUGUUUUUCUAUGACGUCAUCUAAAUGAGCAUUUCUCAGCAAGAUUCGUUGAAACUGCGUUUAAUGUGAAUCAGAUACAUGUAUAUGCAACUGGCCGUAACCGUGCAAGAAGAAGCGAUCGUGGACUAAAAUAGUUGAUAUGCCGACAAAUAAUAGUAUGUAUGUGUGAUUUUUGUAAAUUGUAUGGUAACUAGAUAAAGAGUGAGGUAUGAUAAUCUGCCACUUGAAAUACGCUUGAGGAAUUGAUGCAAUUAUAAUAGCUUUGCUUUACAAUGCUUAUUCUGAUGACCAUGUACGUGUGUUUACUUAAAACUCAUCGUUACUAAAUUUAAACAGCAGUGCUACCGUGAAAGUGCAUAGGAUUUUAUGUUCUUUAUUAUUCCUCGAGUUGAAACUGCUAGCCUCGCCGUAAAUGUUGAUCGUUGAUUUCAAGCAGUCGAAAUCCUAAAAGACGCUUGAUUUUCUAUUUAGUGAAUUAAAUAAUGUGUACUGUUUAUUUCUGAAGGUUAAAUUUUAAAUUUUUUCUUAUAUCUAUAAAGUUGUAUUUUGUUUGCUGACAAUUAAACAGACACACCCUAACAUUUUGUUGACAGUGUUUAUUUUUAAAUUUUCCUUUCUCUUUAAUUCUGUUAAAUCGGAACAGUUGAAAAAAGUAGAUCAGGCAAAAAUUUUAUUCAUGCAGGUAUCAAAGAAAUUUUUCGACCAAUUAGAAGUGCCAUAAUCUUAUCAAACUAACAAAUAUUAAAUGAUAUGUCGAUCAACAGAACAUCAUUAAAUUCAUCUCUCAAAUCAAAGCAUUCUUCAAGAUUUUUGUUUUACAUUACGUCAUUGUGAUUGACAACCUUUUACACACAUUUUCAAUAUCAUUUCAAACCAUCUUCCACCGUUGUUUAAAUAAACAACUCUUUAUAAAACUUCAAUGUUAGAAAAGAGGGAUGCAAAAUACCUCAUAAGUCCCUUACACACAGUCCUUUUCUCUAUUAAACCAUGAAAUAAAAUUAAUCGUGUACCGCAGAUAUCUUGACAAAACGUAAAAUUUUCUUCUUUUUAUUAAGAAAAGACAACUCUUCGAAUUGUUUAAGAUGCAAAAUUACCAGCUUCUUUAACGCUUUCCGUCCUGUGAAUUUGAUUCAUUUUAUUGUAACUUUUAUCUAGCAAAACACAUUUAACUAAUAUACAAUGAUUCAAUAUGAGUUAUAUAUGAAAUCAAUGGAAACUCCUGUACAAUACUAUUUAUCACAAUUGUAUUCACAAGGUAAUAAUAAAAUAUCAUGUAAUUUUAACUACUGUCAAAGGGUCCACUGAGAAUGUGAAGUGUUCCUUUCCUGAUUAUAAGUCAAGUAUUGUGUGUGCACUGUGCAGAAGGACUUCCUUCUCCGACUGUGAUUAUUUUGACGACUGUUUUCACUUAGCUGUGAAUUUGUCGAAUUAAGAAUUAAAACUGGAGUCACCCACUGGUUUUGAGAUCGGCAAGCACUGACAGUCAAAACCUUUAAGCUCAUCUAAUUUUUGUUUUUGUCAACUUUCAUAUUGUCUACACAACCAUGAAGUUGAUCUUUGUAAUGUUAUUAACGAGUUUAUGUAAAACAAUGAGGGUCCCGUACCUGUUCGUGUGUCUGUUCAUUGUGAAUCAAGUGGUUCUAACGAGUGCCCAGGAUAUCAACGCAGGCAUUCUUUCCGAUGAACUAAAUAAAGUGGCAGAUUCAGUGGGGUGGUCAUUUCUACAGGGAGAGUACAACAAACUGCAAUACAAAGAGAAAAAUAUCGAUGGAAUCAUGUUAGUUCGAGAGAUUGCAGGUAAAAUUGGAGGACGAAUGAUUGAAGUGGACAAUGCUCUGAAGAAGCUGAAGGAGGCUGUAGAGGAGGACCAGCUGUCGUCUGAUUAUGUCCCUCAGGACUGCUGUGUGGACGGAGAGUACAAGGGAAAUCUCCGUUUCAGAACUGACGUGUCUGAAGACAAAUUUUGCUACAGCAAGCCAGCCUAUGUGAACCAAGAGAACAUCCGAUUUCCAUCUACUAACAUACUUACAGUCUUGAAAACGAAUUUAGAUGUGAAGCACCUCCAAUUCCAGUACAUUGCAAUGAAUUCUGGUCUUUACAUCAAUUACCCGGCCACCAAACUGACGGAUUGUGAUACAUACGAUCCUCGAUUCAGACCCUUCUAUGUGUCCACAACAACUUCCUCUCCUCGUGACGUCGUGGUUGUCAUAGAAAUGUCCUCUUCGAUGCGGGGAGAUAUUCUUUUCGAAGCUAAACAUGCAGUUCUCACAGUAAUGGAGACUUUGGACGAAGAGGAUAGGUUUGGUCUGGUGGUUUUCAAUGACAUUGCAAACACCUUAGGAGGAUGCUACGAAAAUCAACUUGUUCCAGUGACCAGUGCCACCAAGAAGAGUUUCAGAAAUUUUCUGUCAUCUCAAACAGGAGAAGGUGGAGCAAACUAUGUCAAUGCCCUCCGUAAAGCAUUCUUGUUAUUAAAGACAAAUUAUACAGAAACCCGAGAUCAAAUUCUUUUAUUUGUUAGCGCCGGGAAAAAUACAGAAGGAAAUCCUCUUGAAGUAAUACGAGAUGAAAACGAGGCCCUGCAAAACAGGGUCAUAAUCAACACGUACGGUAUAGGCACUGGUCUGAGAACUAGUGAUCAAGAAUUAUUAAAAAAUAUGGCCGAGCAGAUACUUAACAACAACACAUACGGAUUUGUGACGCGCGGGAAAUCAACGAUCAUCACAGACAUUAUGACGUCGUCCUUACGUGAGAUCAUGGGAACCUAUUACGUAGACUUGAGCGUGCCCAUAUCAACGUCCCCAACUUAUACACAGCCUUACAUCGAUUUCUUUAUCAAUGAAUCAAUCAUCACUGGUUGUCUACCUGUUGCGUUUAACGGGGCUUUUUCUGGAGUUGUGUGCGCGGACAUUUUGAUCAGUGAACUGGUUGCAGAGAUUUUGUAUCUUAAAAAAGAAGAAUUUUCCUAUGCAUUUAUCAUUGAUGGGGAGGAGAGGACAUUGCUACACCCAUUGCUUACCGACCCUCGUGGCAUCAUAAUGCAAGAACAGGACAUCAACAACAUAUACAAUUUUGAGACCUCCGGUGAUGUGUCAAAAGUUAUCGACUCCAUGAAAAAGGGUUUGGAUUCACAGACGUCUGUAAAAACAACAAUUAUAGAGGCUAGAGGAGAGAAACUCUUUGAGGGUGACUCCAAAGUUUAUCUAGAUGCUGUUUACUAUUGGACCCCGAUUGUGGCUCCAGGUAGUAACCUCUCUCUGUGUAUCGUUAUGAAGCAAAACAACACUGUUUCCAACAAAGAUGGUUUAACCAGGCCCUCUGACGGCGACUUCCUUUACCAUCGAUGGGAUUUGAACCAAUGGCCCGCCCCCUUCUGCAGGCAUUUUAGUAGAUAUGCUACAGAAGCAAAAUCGACAGUAAAACUAACGCCAGACGCUUUCAUUGAGGCGUAUUCAUACACUGGAGUCAAGGAAACAGAAGUCAGAGUAAAGCAGUAUAAGGACUACUUGUCUGGAGCCAUCACCACUAAUCCAGGACUAAAAGCAUCAGCAGUUAAUUCCAUACGGUUAACUUACCCACUGGAAAAGUUUUGGACAACGACCUCAAAGAAAGAGGCCCCGUAUCUAGCUUGGCGUUACGUCAUGACAGAAGACGGUGUGAUUAGAACGUACCCAGGGAUACGGCUAAAGGAUGACUACAAUCACAAACUCAGAACUUGGUAUCGUCGGACCGCUGCCCAGAAGUCGCUAAAUGUCUUGUCUGCUCCAUAUGAAGAUUCUUGGGGAUCAGGAAGGAUUAUUUCUCUCACAAAGACCAUAUUACAAGGAGGAAGCAACCCAGAUAGAAAACUGGAAGCAGUGAUAGGUACAGACUUCUCAGUAUUCUACUUUAAGCAGAUGCUGGAAGAUAAAUAUCCAAUCUGUGCAAACAAAACUAAUUACAUUUGUAUUGUGAUCGACAACAGCGGGUUUCUUGUUAUGCACCCUUUUUACACAGAAACAACGACCCCAAUAAAAGCACCGGUUCAUAUAACUUAUAAGGAGGAAAGAAUUUCUCGUUCCCUGAUAAGCAGAACAGUUAUGUAUCAACAACCUUGCAGAGAUACAGGAAAUAAAAAGGAACAAUUCACAUUUAGGGUAAAUCUGCCAAAGUCUGUUUCAAGUGGAUUUUUAGACUCAGAUGAAGGAUAUGAAAUGCGUCCUGUAGCUGGCUCAAACGUGUACCUUAUUCUUAAGCAUAGACGCCUGCAGGACGAAGAAACGUGUUGCACGUCAGGGCCCUAUGCGUCACCUAGCUCAAUACAGUGUACAGGAGUAUGUAAUUGCCUCUGUUACAAUGAACUGUUCUUCAACGAAUGCAAGAAUAAAUACGACACCAUGGACGGUUUUAUUCCAUGCAGUCCUCAGUUACCAACACUGAGGUCAGUAAGUACACCGGAAGAGGAUAAAACUAGGAAUCUACCAACGUGCUUUUCCACUAGUUGUGAAUGUAGAAAAACAGAAAGUGAAUGUUUCCGCAUAUCAAGUUGUUCUUGGUGUACUAGCGAUAAAAAGGGAUACCUCCUGAAAGGAUUUUGCGGCCCGAAGGAAAUAUGUCCAUCUCAACAAUGUCUAAAAGAUGAUUGCAAAGAAAAGUGCUGUGGAUCCGAGUGCCAAUUGCCGUCAUCCUCAAACGGGAAUCAAUUGCUAUAUGUCGGUGUAUCGUUGGGUACAUUGGUAUUUGUCAUCUUAAUCGUCGUUGCCGUGUUUUUCAUCGUUCGCAGAUUAAAACCUGACGUGGUGGACAAUACCUACCUUGAACCAGUUCACACGUACAACACGAUAAACAAAACACUACGGGAGAGUGAUCAUUACGACACGAUCCAAGACUUCCAUAACGAAGAGUGUAAAUAGCAAAA